AUGCAGUUCACUCUCAUUACACUCUUUGCUCUGGUCGCCGCCGUCGUGGCCAACCCCCUUGUUCCCCGUCAGAAGGCGUCGGAGGCCAACGAAGUCACCGUCGAGAGCCCUUCCAUGACCGACGCCAACGGCAACAUCAUUCCUUUCGACGCCGACACCGUCUCCCAGCCCAACCUCGCUGCCGGUCUGUAA